GAAAGCGAGGGGUGGGGUAUUGUGGGGUGAACAGGGAGAGUGGUCGAGCCGCUUGCAGUGUGUUGACCUAGUUAAGACUAAGGAGAAGCUCUGAGAGGCCCUGGAAAGGUCCAAGCUUUCCUAGGGUUAAACAAGAAACUGGGGACCAGGACUUGCCUUUUUGCAGGUAAACGUUGCCCAAGCAGCAAGGAAAAGGGCUAUGAAUAUGUGGCCCAAUUUUUUCCUUCAGGACGAGGAGCAGCGCAUGGCCACGCGCGGGCGGGCAGGAGGCAAGCGGCGCAAGGCAAUGACGGACGAGCAAGAGGGCAAGAUCAAGCUGGCCUUCUUUGUGGCCAUUGUGGGCAUGACCCUGACGGUUCUGGCCGUGGGCACGGAGUUCUGGGUGGAGCUCAACACCUACAAGCAGAAUCACUCAGCCAUCUGCGAGGCGGCCCACUAUGGCUUGUGGAAGUUUUGCUACAAGAAACUCUGGAUGAAUGACAUUGAGGAAGAGAGGGCCACCUGCGGACCUGCAGAGCUGCCUGGAGAAGCAAAUUGUUCGUAUUUCAAAUUCUUCACCACUGGGGAGAAUGCUCACAUCUUCCAGAGAUCUACUAAAAAAGAACUGAACAUCACGGCGGCCGUUAUAUCCCUCCUCAGCAUCACCUUGAUGGCCAUGGGUUCUCUCUGCAUCACAAUGGCGCUCAGCAAAGGCAUUGAAUUCCUCCUGAAGCCAGCAUCCUGCUUCUUCAUUAUAUCAGGCUUGAUGGUGUUGGUAUCCCUGGAGAUCUUCCGACAGUCCGUGCGGUGGCUAAUCACCUCCGACGAGUCCAUUCCCCUGGAGUAUGAAUAUUCGUGGUCUGUGGCUUGCGCAGUGGCUGCUGGUGCCGUCCUGAUAUUUGGAGGAGGUUGUUUCAUCCUUUUAUCCAUCCCAAACGUGUGCAAAAAGCCCUGGGAAUACUGCAUGAAAAGCAGAAGCAGUAGCAACACUUCCUAAAAUAGAAAAUAAUUUGGGAUGGGAGGCGGAAUGAAAUCCCUCUUUCUCUCACCCUGCAGUACACACAUACAAAUGUAUACCUCCACUCACUUCUGCUGCCCUCUUCCUCCAACUUCUGGACUCCGUUUUCUCCUAUGUUUUGUGACUUGUAAAUAGAACCUCUAGCGCUUGUCUUGUCUUAGUUUUGGGGCAGGGAAGGAGGGAGCGGGGAAGGAGCGAGGGACUGUGGUAUAAAAAGGGGCUCUCUGUGUGUGAAUGAAGGGACAGCUGCAUUAAUGAACUGAGGAAUUAUGCGGGAGGGAGGAUAAAGGACUGUAUUUAAAACCUGGUUUUUAUAAAUGGCUAUUUUUAGCUUAA